GUGGUGGAGAUCGGAAGUUAUGAAGUGUUGAAACGAGUGAAAGUUUUUUUUUAUUGUUUGUGGUCCGAGAAAAAGGUGGAAGAAGCCCCCAAAAAGGCAGAAAAGUGGGUGAAAAGUGUGGUCAGAGGAUAGUUUGAGAAGCCAAGGAGAGCCACAGGACAGAGAAUGUCGAAUAUUUACAAUAGCACCAAAGAUAGCAAACGAAGUAUCCUACAAUUGCACAAUCAGCCUCUAAGUGGUUUCAGCUCCUUCGAAGGUGACGAAGAUUUGGGCGAUUUCAGUGAAUUUGAUAGUGAAUCAGUGACAUUGGACUACUUUAAAGAGAGCUCCCGGAGACCGUCCGCCUCAAAAAUGGCUCCAACAACAACGAUAGAGACUGUUACCAUAACACGCCCGUUGAAGGUGAUUGCAUUCAUCUGCGGCGUGAUUGUUAUAAUUCUGAUGAUCAUGGCUCUGGCAUCCACCGACUGGUUAAUGGCUGAGGGUUGGCGUCAGGGGUUAUUUGUGCACUGUAUCGAGGAGGAUGUUGUGCCACCACUUCCGUUCAAUCUUCAGGAUCCACCAGGAUGCUAUCCGAGCCGCGAUGCUGCUUACAUCAAAGCUACAGCAGCACUGUGCAUCAUUACACUAAUCACAGAUGCAAUCGCCACACUUCUUACUGGGCUGGGGCUCAGGACACAGGAUCACAACAUGAAAUACAAGUUCUACCGAAUUGCCGUGCUCGUUAUGCUCGUAGCAUUGAUCUCCAUCCUGAUCGCCUUGAUUUUGUAUCCAGUCUGCUUUGCGGCCGAAUUGAACUUGGGUAAUCGUCCAAUAUGGGAAUUUGGGUGGGCGUAUGGUGUUGGCUGGGGUGCUGCCAUUUUCUUAUUUGGAGCCGUUGUCCUCCUACUGUGCGACAAGGAAUCUGAAGAAAUCUACUACAAAGAACGGAAAAUCGUUCACGAAUCUCAGAUGCGAGCCUAGGCCAGGCCGCACGCCCUGCCGGAUGUCGUUCUCUAGACAUGUUUUAAGCUACAUCAGAAGCAUCAUCAAGAGAAAAAAAGGAAUCAUACAACUCUUUUUUUAAUCGUUUGAUUUGAAUAUGAUUUUUUUUUAGGUUUUUGAUUUAUACAUCAGAUUUUUCAUUUUGGUGUUUGAUUUUUUAUAUAUACCAUAUAUCAUGCUUCAUUUCGAAAAGGUAAGACAAAAAAAUUGAAAAUAACGCAAUCAUCCUUUGAAAAAAAAAUCACUUUCAUUUUCAUGAUCGAUAAAACAUUUAUUAAAAAAAAGGAUUCAAAAGAAAAACCAUGAAAAGAAUUCACGAAAAUAUUGAAGAUAUAGAUAUUCAGUGUCACGAUUAAAAUAGAUGUUAUAAUUGUACUGAAAAAAAAUGGGUGUUUAAUGCCGAAUGUUUUAAAUGAAAAAGAAAAUGUAGAGGCAAGUUUGAGACAAAGUGAGAAAUAUCAUCCAAAAUAUCCCUUAUUUUUAAAUUUCCUAUUUUUUGUUAAUAAUUGUAUAGUGGAAAGAAAAGAAGUAUAACAUGAUUAUUUUAAGAUUUAACAGAUACAAAUUUAAUUUUAGCACUCCUGCAUUAAACUAAAUAGGACUAUCAGCUGAAUGUGAAAAUCCCCAGAAAAGAAAUGGACAUGAAUAGAAAGAAUUGUAAAAACAAACUUUUCGAUGGAAUAUUGUGGUUUUAUGGAUAAUUUUUGUUUUUUUCAUAAUAAGAAAGAUUUAAGAAAGACCAGCAUACAGUAUGAAUUUAAAGCCCUUUUUCAAGUGUUUUGGAAAAAAAAGAAAUACUGAGAUAAUUACGUGUGAAAAACUUACGAUAAAUUUGAAAAAAAAUUUUCUCUAAAUUUUUGUUUUAACAUGUAAUACUUUCUCUUCUCCAAUUGAAUUAAGCUCGAGUAUUGUCUUUUUAAUCCUAAUUAAUCUUCGUAAGCGAUUUUUGGGAAUUUCUAGGUGUCACUUUAGUCUCUGUAUCCCCAGAUCAAUUACAGAUUUAAAAAUUUGGAUUUAAGAGUUCGCAUUUUUAUUUGCUAAGGAUCCAUGUUUCACCCUAAUACGUAAGGUCUAGUAGUUCAGGGAAUAAACAGGUCUACUACUUACGGUUCAGUAUUGCUUCCAUUCACUCAAACAUGGGAACUGACUGGCGAUAUAAACCGAUUACGAAAACUAAUCGACGCGAUCAGCCGAUGAUGGCGACUGAUCAACAUGGUUAGCCGAUAAUGAAAACUGAUUGGAGCGAUCAGUCAAUCACGGAGAUUGAUCCGCACGAUCAACCAAUUAUGAUUAGCGCGAUCAUCCCAUCCUGGAGCCUAAUCGGCGCGAACGACCUAUGAUGGACACUAAUCAAUACGAUCAGCCGAUCAUGAAAACUGAUUGGCACGAUCAGCCAAUCAUAGACACUGAUCGAGGUCGACCAGUCGAUCAUGGAGACUAUUCGGAACGACCAGUCGAUCAUGAAAAGUAAUUAGCGCGAUAAGCUGAUGAAGGAAACUGAUCAGUACGAUCAGCCGAUCAUGAAAACUGAUUGGCACGAUCAGCCAAUCAUAGGCACUGAUCGAGGUCGACCAGCCGAUCAUGGAGACUAUUCGGAACGACCAGUCGAUCAUGAAAAGUAAUUGGCGCGAUAAGCUGAGGAAGGAAACUGAUCAGUACGAUCGGCCGAUCAUGAAAACUGAUUGGCGCGAUGAGUCGGUUAUAAACAGUGAUUGGCGCGAUAAAUCCAUCAUGGAGAUUAAUCGCAACGAACAACUUAUAAUGGAAAUUGAUCAACAAGAUCGGCCGAUCAUGAAAACACUGACGCGAUCAGCCGAUUAUGGACACUGAUCGAGGCAGAUCAGCCGAUUAUGAAGACUAAUCGGCACGAACAGCCAAUGAUGGAGACUGAUCGGUACAAUCAGCCUUUUAUAAAGACUGGUUGACUCGAUCAGUCGAUGAUGGAGACUGAUUAGCACAAUUAGCUGAUCAUGAAAACUGAUUGACGUGAUCAUCUAAUUAUGGGCCCUGUUCGAGCCCGAUCAGCCGACCAUGAAGACUAAUCGGUGCGAACAGCCUGUGAUGGCGACUGAUCGGAACGAUCGGUCAUGAAAACUGAUUCUCGCGAUCAGUCGAUGAUGGACACUGAUCGACGCCAAUCAGCCGAUCAUGUAGUUCGUUCAGUUUGCUCACAAGUAAUGGUCAUUGGACCAUACUUAUUCACUCCUUGUAAAAUCCUAGACUAGACAUAUACGGUAGAACUGUAGACCGUAUAUUCAAGUUUUGGACCAGAACAAUCUAAGAUAGACUGAAUUAAGUUAUGUUGGCUUUCAGCAACAGACUUCUGUAGAUAUUUCGUUGUUGGUUGUUAUGACUGACUCAAAAUAGAUGGAGAUAUUCGAUCAGUGAAUAAGGGACUCUUCCAACAGACAGGUCAUCACGUUCGUAGGGCAUCACUUAAUUUUUGCUAUCCUUGACAUUUUUGGUAGUUCUAAAAGUCUCAAAAUAGACUCAUGCUGAUUCUUGAGCAUACUCAGCCCGAAAAAAUUUGCAGUAAAUGAUCAGGCUAUCAUGCAAUGUAAGUUUAUUAUCAGGGAUUAGACUUUCCUUGCAAUAAAUGUCAUUUAGCUAAUAAUUUUUACAGCUAAAAUUUACGAACUAAAUAUUCCCCAGGAUCAGAACCUAAAGGGGCGUGGUUUGUAUUUGUAAAAGAGUCGUUUAGUCACCGCCCAUAAGUAUAAUUAUUGGGAAAAUAUAAUUUCCAUUCAUAUGCGAAAAGUCUUUUUUAAGGAUGAGUUUAGAAAAGUUCUAAAAAACAGGUCGUAAAUUUAUGAAGGAUUCUGAAAAAAAAUCUACUAAAUUAGGAUUAAAAAGACAAUAGUUUAAAGGCAAAUAAAUAAAUAAAUUUCUCUCUCUUGUAUUAUUGAAGAAAAAAAGCAAUUACAAAACAAAGAAACUUUCUCAAUACAAAAUUUAAAUUAAAGUAUAAAAGGUGAAUGAGCAAAGUUGUUAAAAAAAAGUUGUGGUCAAAAUUAGAUGAAAUUCAAAAUCGAAAAUGAAUAUAAACACUCUCGCACAGGAUUUGGGUAAAUUUGACGUAAAUAUAUUCGUUUGAGUUCUGUAUUUUAAUGUCUCUCAGAAAUAUGAUUUUUGUACGGAAAAUAGGAAAAAAAGGAAUACGAAAACUAUAAAAAAAAACAAAGUGAAGAAAUAGCUAAAGACAUUGCAGAGGAAAACCAGAAAUCCACCAGAGAAUAUUUGCCCUCAUUUCAUAUACCAAAGCUUUCACAUAUAUCUAGCUUUUGUAAUGAAUUUUGUGUUUCCUAUUUCAAGAGGAAAAAAAAACUUCCUUUAUUGAAUUACCUUUUAUUUGAACUCGCACCAACAUUCUUCACCAAAUUCUCCUCUCCAAAAUCAUCAGCAUGAUACAAAAGUGAGAACUUACAGUAAUUUCAUUGAAGGGUAUUUUGAAAUAAAACUUUAUCCACUUGUUUUUUUUAAUUGCUUAAUUGUUGGUUUCUUUUAAUUUCUUUCUCAUUUUAUCACUUAUUUUCUCGAACAUCACUGAGAAAGUUUGAAGGAUUUUCAGAAAGGAAGAACGUUGCAAGAGGCACGAACUUUAGAAAAAAAAGAAAGAGAAAAUACCAUCGAGAAAAAAGAAAAUAGAAAGAAAAUCUUCAGUGAGAAAAGAAAUCCAUCAAUUCACAAAAAAAGUUAUCUAGCGAAGAAAUUUUUAGAGAUAUUGAUAGAGAUAGAAAUCGAUAAAAAUUUUACCAUUAUUGACACAUUGUGAUCUAGUGAAAAACGGAGGCAGGCACGUGCGGAGUGUAAUAACAAAAAAAAAAACAAGAUUCAAGUAAAAACUAAAUAUAAUUAAUUAGAGGAGACGAGAAUUGAUAAAAAAAAACGGAGAAGAAUAUUGUCAUAUUGAAGGAAGGAAGAAUUGAAGAAAAGUGAAAACAAUAAGACAAAAUAACUUGAACAUAUUAAUUAAAAAAAAAAGAAGUUUUAAAAGGAAGGUGAGGAAAAACUUUAACUCAGUAAAAUAGUUUUUAUAAUUAUGAUAAAUUUAAAAUAUAUAUAUAUUAUAAAAAAACGUACAGCAUCUAAUUAAAAAAAUCUACACAUUUUACAAGUUGAAUUGAUAAAAAAAAAGAAUAGAGCAACUAUUGAGACUCUUUAAAAUGCAUAAAAAUCUAACGAAAUUCUUUCAUUUUUUCUGAAAGAUUGUACUGCAAUUAAUUGUAAAAUUUUGGGGUGAUAAUUCCUUAAAUUUGGUCAAGAGGUUAUAUUGGAAAUGUGAGGUUAGGUUCAUUCUAACCUAAAAAAUAGCAACGUCUUUUUCUCAUAAUAAAUUUUCUCAACAUUUUUUUGGCUUGAUAUUUUAAGUAUUUUCCUGGCGUUUUCAGAACAUUUGAAGGACAACCAAGAAGAAUGGAAUCCUGGACUAUUGUAUUCCAUUCCUAAAAUUCAAGAAACAGUUCAUAUGCGGAGAAAUUUGACUUUACCAAACAAAAAUUACAUAACUUGCCAAAUUUUUUUUUUUUUGAUAUUUUCGAGUUGCAAACCUAAUGCCAUAAAUGUAUCCUUAAAAAGAAAAAAAUAGAACAAAAGAAAAGCCAAAGAGAGGUUAAGUUGUUAAGCAUUAAAAUGGCAUAAUCUUUUUCAUUCAGAAAUUGCAAAAUUUCAAGUACAAUUUUAUUGUGAGGAAAUUUUAUUUAAUUGUAAAGCAUUUUUGGGGCUGAGAGAUUUUUUAUAGGUUAUAGCAUUUUGAGGUUAUGUUGGCAUAUAAAUAAGGCAUGCUAUGUAACCUUUAAUUUCUUUCAGACAAGUUAUAUCAGAACAUAUCCCAAUAGAACACAAAAAGGAACUUAAUUAACUCACUUUAAAUAUGCUCCAGAUUACUUUUUAUGUUAGAUUCAAAAUAACCUCACAUUUCGCAAAUAACUUUUGGAUUAAAUUUGAAAAUGAGCCGUAAAACUCUUUUUUACAAACAAUAAAAAAUGCAAUGAGUUUCACGGGAAAAUUGUUGGAAAAUUUGGGAGAAAGAAAAACAUUUCGUUUGUAGUAAACUAUAAACAAAAAUAUCUGCAAAGGAAUAAUCUUCUGCAGCCAUUCAAUCUGGAAGAACUUCACAGGUUUCCACAAUUUAUUACUAAUCCUAAAGUUUUUAAUUCAUUUCUCUCAAAUUUUCUACCUCAAUUUUCUAUUUACUUUUUGAGAAAUUAAACUAUAUCACAAAACUUUUUCACAAAAAAAAACACACACCAAAAUAUCCAAUUAAAAGUUAAUCGAGAGACGUCGUUUUACCAAGUUUUAAAUUUAUUAAUUAAAAGAAAAUCGAAAAUUUGAAGGAUAGAUGAAUCGAGACAUUUUAUAAGGAAAAAAAAAAAGCAGAAACAAGAAGUAGAAGUAGGUGCUGUAGCAUUAAAGAUAUUUUAAUCAGGAUUUUAAUUAACAUUAAGAAUGGAAAAAUGCCCAAUCCUUUCUUUUCUAUAAUAACAAACAAAAAAAAAGUCAUGAAUAAGAAACAAUCAUUCGACAUGAAGAAUUAGUGAAAACCGAAAAUUUACUUUUACCGUAUGUUACCCAAUUUUUAAUAAAGAGAAAGAAACAAUUAA